AUGGCUCUCGAUAUCUUUGAUGUAGAAUAUUUGAUGAAAUAUCCGAGUCUCAUGUUCUCAAUAUUCGGGUUCAUCACUAACCUAAUCCACGUGUUCUUUCUAACACGAGACCUCAAGAAUAAUCCAAUUUUUGUAUGCCUUACUGUAAUUUGUGUGAUGGAUUUAGUAUAUCUUGCUACGGUAGCUGUUGAUGAGACGGUUGCUGUAUUGAAUUAUAUAGAUCAUAAAAACUGCAUUGCAGCAGAAGUUCUUCCACGUGCCGCUCCUGUUGCCGAUCCUUGGUUUCUUCCACGUGCUCCUCUUGUUCCACGGGUUUGUACUGUCCUUGGUCGUCCUCUGACGUCGUUUCUUCUUCCAGUGUGCAAAACUGAGACCGGAACGUCGGUUGAAUCACUGUCCGAAGAAUGGUCCGUUCGAAACAGAAUUCGUCACAAUUGGAACACGUGGGAAUACACUGAAGGAGAAGAAAUGACUGAGGAUGAAGAGUACACUGAAGGAGAAGAAAUGACUGUGGACGAGGAUUACACUGAAGAAGAAUAA